UCAUAACGGUCGAUCCUACAUCAUCAAUAAUUUUUGAUACAAAAAACGGUUACGGUACAAAUUAUAUCCAUUAUAUUACCGAUUCAUUAUUAUUAGAUACCAAACCCUUAGCUCCUGUACCUAUUCCGCCUGCACCAUCUCCAAAUGGUCGUUUCGCCUCUAUCAAGCAUUGGUAUUCACGUUCUGAACGUACUUCAGAAGCCUCCGAAGCACGUCUUCUAUCAAGACUUCAAUUCUUUUCAAUCGGAGGAAAGACCGUUGCCUCUCCUAAAGAUUCAAAAACUGUCGCUCGUAUAGGUUUGGUCGAUUUGGACGGUGAUGGUAAAAAAAUGAUAAAUACUUUAGUAAUCGAUCAAGACGGCAAUGAUUUCGCUAUUGAAAAUGGAAAUGUCGCUCAAUCAAAAGAACAGCCUUUGACUACUAAUGAGCUUGGUUAUUCUCCUAUAUCACAAACUCAACUUUCUGUUCAAUCGAAUGUUACUACUAUCAAUGAUAAACCAUCAUCAUCAACAAAAAAUCUCGUAUUAUGUCAUGGCUAUGGUGCUGGGUGGAGAAUUUAUAGUUUUGAUUGGUUAGGUAUGGGCAGAAGUUCUCGUCCGAAAUUUACUAUAAAAUCACAUACUUUUGAUGAAUCUAUCGAGGAAACUGAAAAUUUUUUUGUCGAUUCUCUUGAAAAAUGGCGUCAAUUGCAUAACAUUGAGAAAAUGACAUUGUUAGGACAUAGUUUGGGUGGUUAUUUUGCUGCUGUGUAUGCAUUAAAGUAUCCUGAUCGCGUGGAGCGUUUAAUACUAGUUUCUCCUGUCGGAAUUCCCGAAAACCCUAAUGGCACAGAAACCUUAAAAAAUCUUGUUGGUCGCACUAUGUCUAAUAUUAUAAUUAAGUUAUGGGAUUCUGAUAUUACACCACAACUGAUUAUGAGAUGGGCUGGUCCUUUUGGUCCUUCGUUGGUCAAUAGAUAUACGACUCGUCGAUUUUCACAUCUUGAUGAGCAAGAUCGAUUUGAUUUGCAUGAUUAUCUUUAUCACAUAUCUUCCGCACCCGGAAGCGGUGAAUUUGCUUUAUCAAGGAUUCUUGCUCCAGGUGCUUUUGCGCGAAAACCAUUGAUUAAUCAUGGAGAAUAUGAUUGGAUGGAUUACCGUCCCGCAGUAGAAGCCGGAAAUAAUAUGAAAGUCCCGACAAAAGUCCUUAGAAUCCCAGACGCUGGUCAUCACUUGUACCUUGAUAAUCCUAUUGAGUUUAAUAAAGCUGUGGUUAAAGAAAUGCUAGAAACGUUAGAC